GACCUGUCUGCUCCUCCCCGCCCAUCCCCCCUUCAGUGAGUGAGUGAUUGAGAGACUGGACAGCGACUUUUUCAACUCCUGACAUUACGACCAAACUAUAAGAUAAAAUGCAAAAACACUGCUCGUUUUUCCCUGGGAGGAUGACUGUCACAUUCCGCAAGGGUCCGCUGGGAUAUCUGCGGCAGGAUCCCACAGAUGCAGCCAGACUUCUCAAAGACAACCCGUCUCUACAGGACCAGCAUGCACCCGUGAAGGAGGCAGUGGUCAAGCAAAAUGCGCUCACCGUAAUCCGUAUGAGAGGAGGGGAUGCUUCUGAUAGAACGGAGGUGGCUGGAGAAUACAUCCUGCAGUUUGGGAAAUAUAAGGGCAAGUCCUUCCGCUGGCUCCUUGAAAAUGACAUUGGGUAUACCAUGUACCUGAUCACGAACCAGCAGAAGGAGGAGGCUGCAGGAUUGUUCAUGGCAGAGGGGCACAGCAAGGACAGCCUUCUGUCUUUUCUGAGCUAUGCCCUCAGCUUUGGGGAGAUCCAGUCACUUAAGGACUAUGAGGCGAAGAAAACAGUUGUUGUUGCAGCAGCAGUGUCAGAGGAUGAGCAGCUGGUCGGCUUUGGCAAUCGCGCCAAAAACACCUGGAGAGACAUUUGGGACAGCAGGGAUGAUGGCUAUGCCGCCUUCAUAGUGAAGAAGAAAUGUGCUGCAGGUACAAGGAUGCAUAGGCUGCAACAGUACCUGCAGAAGAAGCUGCACCCCCCCUCUGGCUCCACCACGACACAUCCCUCACUUGCUCCUGCUGAGGCCAUGGGGAUGGAUCGAGAUGAAGAGCUGGAGCAAGCGAUGCUGAGUAUCUCUCCUUCUAAACAUGUGCAGAGCUCGGUGUCUGCACCACCAUCGUCAUCAGCAAGCCCACCACAAGCUCCAAGAAGAAAAAGAGGUUGAUCUUUCUGAAAAUUCCUGAUGAACUCUGGGACCAUGAAUUAUUUUCCCAAAAUGACUUUCCGUCACAUGUUGGCCAUGUUCUGGUCUGUUUGUGCUCUUCUACAUGUUGUCCUAGUGACUAUGAAUUGAAAGCAGUCAUGUUGAG